CUCAACCUGUCAUUCUAAAGUAUAAUCUAUUUGGACGCUAGAGGGCAGUAAUGCUUUCCGCGUUAGCUUAAACAUGAAAGCUCGGUAAUCGAUUAGUUGAGUCUGAAAGGUGUUUCGGUCGAAGUCCAGCAGAUGCAAAGAAAAACGGGCGUGAUAUAAAAGUUAAGGAUGGUUCACACAAAAGCAUUUUGCACUUUGUUUAUUUUUUGACAGUAGCGUUUACUUGCGCAAGUCCGUGUCAGUCAUGGACUGUCUUAUUCGGGUUCUGGAGUCCUACAGAGGAAGAGACAAACUCAUCAGAACACUUUGCUAUGGCUCGCAGCUGCUUGGAGGCCUUCUGUCACCCAAGGCUGAGGCUGAUGCUUCAUCCCACAACCUUGGGAGAAGUCUGCUGCUCUUUUCUGCUCAGCUCAGCCACUGCAGGACGGUGCUGAGGCUGUUUGAUGAUCUGUCCAUGCUGGCGUAUUCCUACAGUUACGGAUUUGGAGCCAAGGAGAAAGAUGGAAUCGUGCGCUGGAUAUCGGUGCUCACAAAUGUGGCCGACCAACUCUACUACCCGUGCGAACACGUGGCCUGGGCCGCUGACGCUCACCUCGUCGGGGUGAACUCGGAAAGAUGGUGGCACAUCAGCACGGUGCUGUGGGGAACCUCGCUGCUGUUGGCGAUACUUAGGUCGCUCAGAGUUCGCACGCUGCUCAAGAAGGAGCUUAGGAGAUGUGCCAAAGGUGGAAGCAGCUACGUUCAGAUCCAUCGGCAGAUGCAGGUGGAGCUGCUUUCGAUCCUUGGAUCUAUGACAGACCUGAGUAACGCCAUCCACUGGAUGCCUCACGGUUUCUUGUGGGCAGGACGAUUCCCUCCUUGGCUAGUAGGACUCAUGGGUACUAUCUCUUCUCUUGUGGCUUUGAUCAAGAUGAACGCAGGAGACUGUGAUUAAAUAUGCGGUACUGAAUGAUGGACGCUUUGGUCAGCACUGCAGCAAAUAUUGGAUCAAUUUGACAAUUUCAAGAGCACGCUAAUCGUGCUCUGUAGCAUAAGACUUAUUGACGCUUACCUAUGUCCAAUUUAUUCAAUGCGUGUUUUGUUUUUUCUUUUAUUAGGGAAGAAUGACAAAAAUCAAACUUACACAGGAGUUAAAAUCCAAUUCUUAGGACAAAAACAUCAAACAGUUCAAGAUAAUACAAAAACUAAGCAAUUCAAGGCAACAUCAGGCAGUGGUAAUAAUACUCAAUCAAACCUAUUUUCCACAGUUCCUCUGUUGACCUCAGUCGGAUGCAUAAAUGAAUGUAUGGAUAAUCCACAGAUGAUUAAGAUCAUGAGUUGCAGCCCUACUUGAAAACUUUAUGUAGAGCUGCUUUUCUCGCCCGCACAUUUGUGCUUGUUAGCUUCACUUUUACGAAAGAAUCGUUUGUAACACACCGCACAGCUGUAAGGUUUCACGCCAGUGUGUGUGUUCAUAUGUGUCGUCAAAUGUGUCUUCUGAAGAAAUUUUAAAUCACAUUCUGAGCAAGCAAAAGGUCUUUCUCCCGUGUGUGUUCUCAUGUGAGUCUCUAAAUUGGACUUCAGUGAGAAACUUCUAAAGCAAACUGAGCAAGUAAAGGGUCUUUCUCCA